AUGGAUUCAUCAUCCAUUACAAUAAGUAAUGAGGAACUGAACAGAGUUCUGGCUGCACUGUCUUCCACUCAAGAUGUCUCCUUAUCUGGUGGGGAUUCCACAUUAGAGAAGGCCUUGAAUGUCAUUGUCCAGGAUUUGUCAUCUUCGGAAGGGGUGAACUCUUUACACGUGUACCCUAAACUUAAUCUACUAUUAUGUCUUGAUGAUGUGCCUGAACAUGAUGAUGAAGAUGAUGGUGGUGUUGCUCAAAUAACAUUUCCUAAGACUACAGAAGAUGUAAAAUCUCCAAUGGAACAGCAAGACAGCCAUCCUGGAAAUUUGGAGUCUCCCUUACUGGAAGCAGCCAAUAAGAGGGAGAAAGUGCUUGAGUCCCUUGCCUCAGGGUCAGGAGUUUCCAGAUCUUCACAUGUGUUUCAUGAGUGUGCUGAGAACCAUCCAAAGUGUGAACCUGCUGAUGUUCAGGGUAAUACUGACUUAGCUCACCUCAAGGACCCUGCUAAUCCUUCCUCUAUGGAAGAAGGGACUUAUACAGGAGAGGGACAUAAAUGCCACGAUAUUGGGCUGCUAGCCAGGAAGGCACACUUACAGCUACCUGAUAAGCAGCAGGAGAAUCCCCCCCGUCAAUCCUUGCCCAUUUCAGGGAGUGAUGAACCAGGUGACAUCUUUGGGCAGUCUGCAAUGAAGUCAGGAGUGAUGAGUCAAGAUGUAUCUGCUAUAAUCACAUCUCUUGAGCAGAAAGUUUUGGACUUGAACAAGGAAAACAUCUCUUUCAGGAAAAAGGCAAGUUAUAUGUCGUUGUUGGGGCUGUUGGACAUGAGAGAUGUAGAGCAAGCAAAAUACCAAGAAAAGAAUGAAGAAUUGGAUCAUCUCAUUCAUGCUCUGCAGGUUGACAACGAGCGGAUCUACUUAGAAAACAAGAAUCUCCUGAUCAGCUUGAAAGCACAGAAGGAAGAGUGGGAAGCAGAAAGAGAGAGUCUUCAGCAUGAAGUCUCAAGUCUGAAAGAGCGUCUCCAAGUGUUGCAAAAAAAAAUUGAGUGGCUGGAGGCAGAACGGAAAAAGCUUCGACAGAAUGCCAACAAACCAAAGGUGUCGGUCCAUUCACAGACUACAGGCAAAGGCUGGGAACAAACAGAAGGACGAGUCAAGGAAUUGGAGGCAAAGUUGAUUGCUGUGAAUCAAGAAUUGAAGGAAAAGUGUCAUUCCUUAGAAAUAGCACAGAAGGAGAUCAAUCGGUGGAAGAGUCUUCAUAAUGAGACUGCUUCACUCCAAAAGGAAAUCAAGAGGCUGGAGGAGAAGUCAAAGAAGGACUCUGUGGAGAAAGAAAAAAAAGACAGACAAAUAAAGGCCCUUGAAAUCCAAAUGAAGUCAUUGAAAUCCCACAAUUCUGCUUCAGAGAAUUUUGAGAUUGAACACUUGUCCAAAAAAAUUGAGGAGCAAAAAGCUAAAUGUGAAGAGCAGGCUCACAGCCAUGAAGUAGCCAUUCUUCACCUCCGCAAGGAAUACGAAGAUCUCAAGGUAGCUUCUGAGCAACAUCUGAUCAGGUUGAGAGGGCAGCUACAUGAAAAAGAGGUAGAAAUAGCUCAUUUGAAAGCAGAGGUGUGUCGUCAAAAGCAAGAUGCAGGAGUCAUGUGGGAGAACCAAGAGAAGCGGGAACAAAUAGAAGAACUUCAGAGACGAAAUGCUGCUCUGGAAAAGACUGUGAGGAGGCUCCAAGAGGAGAGGGAGCACCUUCUCUACCAGUCCUCUGCUGCUACUCCUGGUUCAGCAGAUGCUGCCUCUCGGAUGACAAGAGAAGCAAACGGUACACACAUUUUUAGGCAUCUUUCAUCUGGCCCUGUUUCCCGAAGAGUUGAGCACAAUUUCUCAGACCAAAGCAAUACUGGGGAAUCAGUGGAAGAAUUGAAGACCCAGCUGAGCAUCUCAAGGGAGGCAAUAGAAAGGCUGAAGAGCAAAGUGGCCGAUCAGGGAAAGAAGGAACGAACUCUUGAAACUCAACUCAGAGACGCUCAACAGAGAAGUGUUCGUCUUGAGAAUCGACUCCUUGAAGUAGAAGCAGCUUGUCAACCUGAAGGAGAGGUUCGUGCUUUGCUCCAUUUGAAACACCAGGUAGAUGAUCUUGUCCAGCUGAGCAAACAGAAAGGAGAAAAAUAUGAAGCUCUCUUCAGGAAGCUGGAGGCUGCUUCUGAUGCACUUUGAACUCAUGCCAAAAUCAUUUCCCUGCCUCUUUUAUAUGCAUUUAAGGUUUGAACAUUUUCUUCUGUGGAUUUAUAUCUUCAUAUGAAAUAUUUUCACUGCCAUUCAACG